GAGCCCAUAAAUUGAGGGAGAGGAAGGCCCAGCUCCCUGACAAGCAGAGACACGAUCUCAUAGGUUUUGUUUAAAAACAGCCUCCACACACACUCUGACACACUGGCAUCACUGGUAUCACUAUCACACUCUGAGCAGGCGAUUGCCUCCCAUACAGACCUGUUAAGUGUCUCCGUGUAACUUAUUGCCACUACUUGCUGUGUUCCUGCCUGGUGUCGUCCUACUGGUCCUACUUGGUCUUCGCCAAAGCUUGCUCCGACCUGUGUCUUCGUGUGUUUCCUCUUUUUGCUGGUGCUUGGAUCUGCGUUGUGCCGAUUUCGUUUCUUUUUGUGGUGCGGUGCUCUCGUGAGGUUGCAGGCCAAUCUCCCAUCCCCGAAGCAGAAGUACACGUGUCCUUGGUGGCCUGGAUUUGUGCACGUCAGGGGAUUCAUGGCUCAAGCAUUGUUCAGAAAAAGGCGGCAAGGCCCGGCCAUCAGCUCUUUGUUGGCUCUGGGCAUUUUUGUGCUGCUAUGGCUGUCAGGAUCCCCCCAAUGGAAAGAAUCUAGGCACUGCUUCAUCCAGAGUGGAUUGUGUACAUCGCCCGAGUUCAUUCCACCUACUUCCAGAAUUUCACUGGCGCGCCACGCAUAUAUGGAGGAAGACAAAUCUGGGUGGUCCGUUGCGGAGCGUGAAGCCCUGCAGUUUCUGGAGGAGAAGCAACCGAAGUGGCGUCGGAGCUAUUUAGGUCCCAAAACCGAGGGACAAGUACGGGAGACCUUUCAGGCCAUUUCUUCCGCUGCUGGUGGCGAAGCACAGGGACUUAAAGCCAUCGAGAAGAACCUAGCGCUCAUGGUGUUCCUGCCAGAGCAAAUCCAAGCAUCUGCAGAAGCUUUGACAGGAGAGCUUGGCCAAAAGGAGGCACGUGACAUUAUUCAAAAGAAUCCAGGCGUCUUGACAAUUCCGCCGGAUAGCAUCAAGCAGAACAUUGGUGCAAUAGUUCCAUUAUCUAGUGUUGUUGGCUUCUUCUCCGACAACCCUGUCCUUGCCCAAGGACUUUUUGCAGUCCUAGGGGCUGCUUUGAUCUAUGCCGUAGUAGUGGUUGGCGUUGUCAACCCAUUAAUCAAGGCCUACCCGGGUAAUCAGUGAAGGAGCUGCUU